AAACACCCUGACCUCGUCUCUCCUCCCGAUCAAGCUGGUUUGGGUUGUGCUCACGCACGAACCGCCAUAACAACCCGCGAACUUUUUUCUCGCUGCGUGAUUCUAUUCUUCAGGGUUUGCUUGCGUACGCCGCGGCGAGUCGCUAGCCGUCUCAAAAAGCAGAAGGAGUCCUCCUCCCUGGUCACAUCUGACUGAGGAGGGCCGAGGGUUUUUAGAGGAAGGAACCCGUCCGCGACCGAUGGCGAUGGCGUUGUCGCCGGGGACGGUGCCUUUGGGAGUGCUGCUGCGGCGGGAGGUCACCAAGGAGCGGAUGGAGCGGCCGGACGUGCUGUGCGGCGAGGCCAACCUCAGCCGCAAGGGCGAGGACUUCACGCUGCUCCGCGCCGACGCAGGCCAGCGCAUCCCCGGCGACCCGUCCACCUCCUUCUCCGUCUUCGCGAUUUUUGAUGGGCACAACGGAUCAGGAGCUGCCAUAUACGCAAGGGAGAAUCUGUUGAAAAACGUCUUGCGUGCCAUUCCUACAUGUUUCUGCAGGGAGGAGUGGCUUGCCGUGCUCCCACGUGCGCUUGUUGCAGCGUUCGUCAAGACUGAUAAAGAUUUUCAGGCAGUGGAUGAAACUUCUGGCACAACUGUGACAUUUGUGAUAAUAGACGAGUGGGUUGUGACUGUAGCAUCUGUCGGUGAUUCACGUUGCAUACUAGAAUCUGCCGAUGGCUCAAUCUACUUUUUAUCAGCUGAUCAUCGCUUUGACUCCAACCCAGAUGAGGUCAAGCGCGUGACAGCAUGUGGGAGCAAAGUUGGGAAAAUGGAUAUUGUCGGUGGACCAGAGGUUGGUCCUCUAAGAUGUUGGCCAGGUGGUUUGUGUCUAUCUAGAUCCAUAGGGGAUCUUGAUGUUGGUGAAUGCAUCAUUGCUGUUCCUCAUGUUAAGCAAGUGAAGCUUUCUAAUGCUGGAGGCAGAAUUAUCAUUGCAAGCGAUGGUGUGUGGGAUGAUUUGACUUGUGAAAUGGCUCUUGAUUGUUCCCGUGGGUUCUCAUCAGAUGUAGCUGCCAAUCGAAUUGUUAAUGAAGCAACCCGGCCUCGUGGAAUCAGGGAUGAUACUACUUGCAUCGUAAUCGACAUUCUACCACCAGAAAAUAUAGUCCCGAGUCCUCGUAAGAGACCCCGCAGGAUUACAUUCAAUAAUGUGUUUCGCAAAAGACAUCUAGACGUCCCCCCCGAAACAAAUAGAUCAGAAUAUGCUGAACCGGAUGUGGUGGAAGAAAUAUUUGAAGAUGGCUCUCCGAUGCUUUCUAAAAGGCUAACUACCGGAUAUACACUUGAGAAAACUUUUGCACCCUCCAGUUGUGCAGUUUGUCUGGUACGGUUGAAAUCUGGACAGGGAAUUUCAGUGCAUGAUAACCCAUUGCAAUAUGAGAAACUACAAGGUUGGCAGGGUCCUUUCCUGUGCCCGAGCUGUCAUGAAAAGAAAGAAGCAAUGGAAGGGAAACGCCGGCCAAAAGGAUCUUCAUCAAACGUCUUUGGUCACAUGUGCUAGGCCUGCCUACCACUAAAGAUUCUUUUAUUGAUUGUUAGCUGGAAAUAAUAGUCAGCCCAUAACAAUUCAUUGGCUAGAAUUGACCGUUUCAGUUGAGUAAGACGGAAUAUUCUUGACAAACAGCCUGGAGAUUUAUUCAUCAGUUUGAGUAGAGCAUAGGAAAACCCAUCUUAUUUUUUCGAAGGACUACGGCUGUGUCCGCAUCUAGGCAUUUCACUGUACAGACUCUUGCUUGUAUAGAGAUCUUCUAAAUGAUCAUUAGUC